AUUACGACCAAGAAAAUAAAGAGAAUCUUUGUCCCACGACCUCCCACUCUGUAUGGACUUUUCUGUUUUUAUCAUGCUCUGAGUCUCUCUCUACUUCGACGAAGCCUUUCGAUCGCCGGUAUGCUUCGCAGGCCUACGACGGCAGUCACGGACGUGCAUGAGUGGGGUUUUUCUGGGGUUUUUCCUAUCAUUUCUGAUCGUUGAUCUGCCUCUGUUUAAUAGUUUUGAUUGAUCGUUGAUGGGUUCGUUCGUAUCUGUUUGUUCUGGGUUUCUUGUUUAAAUACAACCAUAAUUGGAUACUAGGGUUUAAACUAGCUGCUGUGUGAAUAGUUCUUCCUUUGUCUGAAGCCAAACUUCUCAUGCCAAAAGCCUGUUGACAGCAAAAUCGUUUCGAGCUGUGAGCUUUGAGGAUCCUAUCAUGGAUAGCGAUAAAGAUGUUGGCAAUGACUCCGACUCUUUUGUCAUUGUGAGCAAUGCCAAUUCUGUGUGCAGUGAUUCUGAAAGUGUCGUGGGUACUGAUUCCGAAAAUUAUGUCAUUGUGAGUCCUAAAAACAAUGUGGCUACCGAUUCGGGAGAAGAACUAUUUGUUGGAAGCACACAACAAUCAAAGAAUGUGGAAAAGGACGCAUAUGUGUGUUCUGACUCUGAUUGUGGUGAGAGCACUUAUUCUGAAGAAGUUCUAUCUGAUGAAAGCGAACAACAUUUGAAGGAAGUGGAUAAUGAUAGUUAUCUGAGUACCGAUUCUGAAGUCUAUCUAUUUGACGAAAGCGAACAGCAGUUGAAGAAUGUGGAUAAUGAAAGAUAUAUGAGUACUGAUUGUGUAGAAGAACCAUCUGAUGGAUUCAGAAAACAGUUGAAGAUUAUGGAUAAUCAACAUUACAUGGAUACUGUACUCCCUGGGAAACAGUUGAAGAUGAGGCAUUGUUCUUGUGAGUUUCACAUAUCCAUGCAAAAGAGUCGGUCGUGCACAUGAUUGUUUUGAAGUUCCCCAUGACGAAAAGCUUUAUAAUAAGAAAAUGGACAUCAGUGAUGUUGCAAUGGAGAAUGUUCUUCCUUUCCUCCCUGCGAAAAUGCUGUGCAGGUUGAGAACUAAUUCUUUAAAAUCAAUUUCUAAUUGAAUA